GCGUUGCUGACCGCUCUCUGUUCGUUUCAGUUCCGCAACCAGUACGACAACGACGUCACGGUUUGGAGCCCUCAGGGGCGAAUUCAUCAAAUAGAAUAUGCCAUGGAAGCUGUGAAACAAGGCUCAGCUACUGUGGGGCUGAAAUCAAAAACGCAUGCUGUUCUGGUUGCUCUAAAGAGAGCACAGUCUGAGCUGGCAGCUCAUCAGAAAAAAAUCCUGUAUGUUGACAACCAUAUUGGUAUCUCAAUUGCUGGACUUACUGCUGAUGCAAGACUCCUGUGCAAUUUCAUGCGUCAGGAGUGCCUGGAUUCCAGAUUUGUGUUUGACAGACCUCUUCCAGUCUCUCGCUUAGUGUCACUAAUUGGAAGCAAAACCCAGAUACCAACGCAGCGUUAUGGCAGAAGACCAUAUGGUGUUGGUCUGCUCAUCGCAGGUUAUGAUGAUAUGGGUCCUCACAUCUUCCAGACCUGUCCUUCUGCAAACUAUUUUGACUGUAAAGCAAUGUCCAUUGGUGCUCGUUCACAGUCAGCUCGAACUUACUUGGAGAGGCACAUGACUGAGUUUACUGACUGUAAUCUAAAUGAGCUAGUUAAGCAUGGACUGCGUGCCCUGAGAGAGACUCUUCCUGCCGAACAAGAUCUGACCACCAAGAAUGUUUCCAUUGGAAUUGUGGGCAAAGACAUGGAGUUUACCAUCUAUGAUGAUGAUGACGUAGCACCAUUCCUAGAAGGUCUUGAGGAGAGACCACAGAGAAAGCCUGCUCCGCCCGCUGAUGAAUCUGCGGAAAAGGCAGAGGAGCCCAUGGAGCACUAGUUGAUGGAUGAAUUCUGCUGUGUGUUUACCUAUGUAUAAUUAUACAGGAACAUAUAUCCACCUGCUGGUAACCUUUAUCCUGACCUAUAUGCGUCUUCUACUGACACAUUCUGAGGAUUACGCUAUAAAAACAAACAAACAAACUAGCCCAUCUAUCCUUAAAUGGUAGGAUAGUUGGACAUAUUUUCUUUGACAAGAAAGGUGUUACCAUUUUCUAAAUAGUGCACAAUACUGUUUUUUUAAUGAAAAGCAUACUGUCUUUAACUUGUAAGGACAAGUGGAAAUAAAUCUUUCUUGGAAUGUA